AUGGCCGCCGAGCCAGCAGCGGACGCGGACUUCGCCGCUUUCCUUAUCGUGCGCAAGAACCGCGACUCCUGCAUACACUGGCUGCUCACCUACUGCCAGGCGAUCGAGCGAGAGUGGAGCGACGCUGAGCUCCGGCGACGCCGCCUCGCAUCGCUCCGGCGUUGUCUCGCGUCGCUGGCGGAGCACGCGCACGCAGACUGCCGAGAGCUGGCGCCACUCGCGCCGCGAAUGCUGCACUCGACCGACUUUGACGAGCGGCACUUUCUCAACCUCGUGCUGCCAAUCGAGCGCCGUCACUCGCGUGGCCUCCGCGACGACGAGCUUCACGGCGCAGAUUCUCCGCCAGCACAGGGCGGCGCCAGGGACGUCUGCGACCACCUCCGCUCGGCCUUCAACGUCGGCUCGAUCUUCCGGACCGCCGAGUGCCUUGGCGUCUCGCGGCUGGUGCUGCGCCGCCGCGCCGAGACUGCAAUCGACGAGCUUCGCGCGGCGGGCGUGCCGGUCGUCGCGGUGGAGACAGUCGCCGGCGCGCCGUACGCGCACGAGUUCGCCUUCCCGCCGCCGCCGGCCGGGUGCGCGCUGCUGCUGGGCAACGAGCGGCGCGGGGCUGGCGUCGGACCUGGCCGCCUCUUCCCCGAAGCACGGCCUCGCGCCAGAGCUGCUCGCGCGCUGCGACGCGGUUGCCUCAAGAAUUCGCUCAACGUGGCGGUGGCGCUCGGCAUGUGCGCGCACGAGGCGGCGCGGCAGUGGGCGGUGGGUGGUAAGGAGGCUGCAGGAGACGCCGUCGGGAAGUGA